CUGGCGCAGCGGCUAGUGAUUGUCAAUAAAUAUUUGGCCCAAGCUGCGGAACUGACUCAGUCCGAAUCCGGUAGUGCAACUUACUGUAUCAAAUAGUGUGAUGACGAAAGAAGUGGGAUUUUACUUCACGGUGCCCAGUGCGGAAAAAGUGCCCGAUGAGUAUGAUGAUACGGUUCACGAAAUGAAUGAUUUUUGUCGAAACAUCGCAAAGCAAUUGGGCGAAACCGAUUUCACCAGGAAACAAAGUCUUCAACAGCUCCGGGAGUGGAUAGCAAAACAUCCUCACAUCAAACGCUGUCGAACGGAUGCCCCGUUCCUGUUGCGCUUUCUGCGGACAAAAAAAUACUCCUUCAUCAACACAGCGAAAACGCUGGAAUCUUAUUUGACCGCUAAAAGCAAACACAGAGAAUGGUUCAACAAUUUAGAUAUUGACGAUCCGCCGAUUGCGGAUCUCGUUAACGCUUCAUAUUUGUUUCCCUUGCCAAGGCUGGAUUCUGAAGGACGUGCAGUAUUUUUUAGUUGUUCCAGCGGUUUCAAUCCCAAUAAAAAUACCAUUAUCAGUGCUAUCAAAACAAUCUGCAUGAUGGGUGAAAUUUACUAUGAAACUCAGGAGAUCUCUUGCGCAGGGUGUGUGUGGAUUUUUGAUAUGGAAAACAUUGAUAUGAACGUGCUGGGAAUGUUAACCAUCCAGGACAUUCGUACGUUAGCUGAUAUAGUGAAUACGGCAGCCGCGGCCCGAAUCAGAGAGUUGCACUUCAUAAACACACCAGCGGUGUCCCGAGCGAUUGCCAAUCUGGUACUGCAGUUAAUGAGUGAGAAAAUUCGCAACCGAGUGUUUUGUCACUCAUCGUUGGAAGAUCUACACUCCAAGGUGGAUAAAUCCAUGCUACCGAAGGAGUUUGGUGGUGAAAUUCCCGCUUCCGAAAUGGCUGCCAAUUACAAGGUAUUGUGUAAAAAAAUGCGAAAACGAUUGCUGGGAUUGGAUGAGUUGGAAAUAGAGUUAACUAGCAAUCAAAACGACAUCUGGACCAAUGGUUCGGGAAAGCUAGACGAUGGAGCGAUCGGAUCGUUCCGAAAACUUCAAGUAGAUUAGUAACACAGAAACUUAGCUGCUUGAGUAUGAGUGAUAUGUAUUUAUGACUAAAUAUCAUCGCAUCGGGAAACCGAGGCUAAACUGGACAUUAUGAUAUUUUGAAAUUAAAAAAUAUAUAAAUAUUACUGUUCUUUA